AUGCAUAUGUUGGACAAACUAUUCAUUGUCAAAGCUACAACUCUCAAUAUUGGAGCAACAAAAGCACACAAAUUGAGGGCAGCUAUGGUUGGAGGAUAUGAUAAUCUCAGUGCAACAAGUGUAGAUUAUAAGAAUUUAUGGAGAGAUUACCCAACUCUGGUGGGUCCUAGUGAUGCACAAUGUAUUAUUGAUCAGUUGAUUCACAGACGAGAUACAUAUCCUAACUUUUACUGUAAUUACAAAGUGAAGAAUAAAUCAUUGAUUGGUGUAUUUUGGGUACACGAAACAUCAAAAGAGUACUACUCAAAGUUCAACGACGUAAUAUCAAUUGAUGCAACAUACCGGACAAACAAAUACAAGAUGAUAUUUGUUCCAUUCUCUGCAAUAAACAAUCACCAAAAAACAGUGACUGUAGGUGCAACACUAUUGUCGGAUGAAAGAAUUGAGUCAUACAUAUGGAUGCUUAACUGUUUUAUUUCCGCACAUGGUAAACCACCAAAUUUAAUUCUUACAGAUCAGGAUCCAGCUUUAAUUCAUGCAAUAUCAACAGUUCUACCUACAUCACAACAUCGUUUAUGUAUGUGGCAUAUCAUGUCAAAAUUGGAAAAUAAGGUAGAAAGAACCAUUACAAAGAAAACUGAAUUCAAGAGUGGAAUCCAUAAGCUAGUGUGGAAUACAUACAUUAAUCCCGAUGAAUUUGAAAUAUGUUGGAAUAUGAUGUUGGAUGAGUUUGGGUUGAGAAGUAAUAAAUGGUUAGCUGAAAUGUACAAUAGAAGACAUGAAUGGAAUCCAACAUACUUUAGACAUAUUCCAAUGUCUGGGUUAAUGAAAACAACAUCCCGUUCUGAAAGUUCUAACUCUUUCUUCAACCGGUUUGUCAGCACGGACAACUUGCUUGUUAACUUCAUGUUGAACUUUGAUACAGCUAUAUCAAAGCAAAGACAUGAACAAAAAAAGCUAGAUGCAAAAUCCAACAAUAAUAAACCGAAGAUGAUUUGUAUGAUUGAUCCAUAUCUAAUUCAACAACAUGCAUCUAUGAUGUACACUAUGAAGAUAUUUUUCAAGGUUCAAAAGGAUAUCAAGAAAGCUUACACAAUGUGUUAUCAAAAGUCAGUUCUCAACUACAACAAUUCUCAGUUAUGCACUGUUGCAUUUUAUAACAAGAUAACAGAAAUGCAAACAAAAUUUCAGGUGCCUUUCAAUCCUAUCAAUCACACUAUAGAAUGUUCAUGUGGGAAGUUUACAAUAGUAGGUCUGUUAUGUUGUCAUUCUUUGAGAGUGUUGAUCGAUAAUAAUGUUUGCAAAAUUCCGGAUAUGUAUAUUGUGCCAAGAUGGAGAAAAGAUAUCAUAUCAGUGGAAAAACACAGCUUUGGACAACAAUGGGAAUUCUGCAGGACAAAAACAACAAAACUAAUAGAAGAAGCAUGCAGAGCUGCAGAAUCAUGUAUAAAUGCAGCUGCAGAUGAUGAUGAUUUGAUUGCAAAUUCAUUUGAACUGGAUUUGGAUAUCUUUAAAGAUAUGACGUAUCACAUGGACGCAUUGAAGAAUUACACAAGUAAGAGAAACUUUAAAUUGGAGAAUGAAAUCUUUCAAUCGAUGCAAAAUUGUAACAUUAAAAAUAUAGUGUCUGUAGACGGAAAUAAUCAAUAUAUAGUGCGAGAAAAGAUGACAACUCUUUUAAGCAGAGUGAUUGAUGUUGAAGAGGAUUACGAGGUAAUAUUUGACAUGGGAAUGGAGUUGUUUAAAUGA